AUAAAUUUAACCUCAAAAUUUAUUUGUGUGGGCUCUUUUCAUAAAAUUUCUGCCUUUGACGAUCGAAGACCAAUUCUCCCUCGCAAGCCUGAGUGAAGUUCUGAAGCUCCAGCGCUUUGAUGGUAUCGUUUUGACUUCUGUUCAUGUUGUUGUGAUGGCUACAACUAGGUUUUCAAUGCUGAAGUCACUUAGUAGUUACAUUAGCCCCUCUGUGAAACAGACAGCAACUUCACUUCAGUCUUAUAACCCAUACUUGAAACUUACAAGAUUUGCUAAUCAAAGUCAUGUCAAGCUAUCUUACCCUCUUGUGAAUAGCAAUUACCACAAAAGUCAGUUGCAUUCCGCAUUGAAUUCUGAAAAUAUCCAACCUAGGAUUCUUGGUUUUUCCUCUGAUACUCGAUGUUACAAAACCAACCGUGUCUCAGUAUUUUCACCCACGUUAACAAAAUUGUACUCUGAGACAUUGUACUCUCAUAGUUCUAUUGCUUUUGGUUCGAUUCCGUUUUUAAACCAUCGAUCAUAUUCAUCGUUUUUUGGGGGCAAAGGUGAUAAAUCGACUAGAGAUAUGGAUGUUCCAGCUACUACUAGCGGUAGUGAAGUUGACGUUAAUAAUAGUGAUAUCGUCGAAGGUGAUUCAAUUGAUAAAAUUAAGGAUGCGUGGCAGAGUAUAGUAGAUGGAGUAAAUUAUACUGGAGAAAAGGUUAAAGUGGCAUAUGAUGAACUGACUCCUUAUGUUCAACAAAUGCUUGAUUUGCAUCCGUAUCUUAGGGAUGUUGUUGUCCCAAUUGGUGGGUACUUGAUUGGUUCUAUAUUGGCUUGGGUGGUGAUGCCUAGGAUUUUGAGGAGAUUUCACAAAUAUGCCAUACAAGGUCCUGCUGCUUUACUACAUGGAGGCUUGUUUGGAGACCAAGUUCCUUAUGAGAAAAGUUUUUGGGGUGCUUUGGAGGACCCCAUACGAUAUCUUAUCACUUUCAUGGCAUUUGUUCAAAUUGGCAUGAUGGUGGCUCCAACAACAAUAGCAUCACAAUACCUUGCACAAGCAUGGAGAGGAGCUGUUAUCCUUUCGUUUGUGUGGUUUUUGCAUCGGUGGAAAACAAACGUCUUCACCCGUGCUUUAACUUUUCAAAGUUUGGCGGGGAUUGACCGGGAAAAGAUGUUAACUCUUGACAAACUUUCAUCAGUUGGUUUGUUUGUUAUUGGAGUAAUGGCUUUAGCAGAGGCAUGUGGAGUGGCUGUGCAAUCUAUCUUGACUGUUGGUGGCAUAGGAGGAGUGGCUACUGCUUUUGCUUCUAGAGACAUCCUUGGAAAUGUGCUCAGUGGGUUGUCUAUGCAAUUCUCAAAGCCUUUUUCACUGGGAGAUACUAUAAAAGUAAGUAAAACUUUGCCACAUCAUUGA